GCAGAAAAUGUUGCCUUAAAUUAGAAAAUCUUGGCUCUUGAUGCGCGUAUUGAUGCGAUGGAACAAUACUCGCGCCAUAAUAUGGUCGAGAUAUUUGGUAUUCCGGAAUCGCAAAAUGAAAACGGUAAUGAACUGAUUCUCAAGGUUUGUCGCGAGCUUGGCGUUAAUUUCGGUCCAGAAGUAAUCAGCUCUUCUCAUCGCCUGCGGAAAUUCGGGAACCAAACGUCAGCGGGCAUUAUAGUCCAAUUCGUGAGGAGGAAAUGCGUCGAUGAUGUUCUCAGAAUGCGGCGGGAGAAGCGGUACCUGACGGCGCAGCAGAUCGGCUUCCACAAAGACGACAGCCCCAUAUACGUCAACCUGGCAUUGUCACCCAAUCGUCGAAGGCUGCUGGCAGAAGCUAAGAAAAUCAAGAAGCUUGUGGGCCUCAAAUUUGUAUGGGUUGACCGCGCGGGAUCAGUUAAGAUAAGAGAAAAUGGAGGUAGUAGAGUUAAAACAAUUGAUGAUUUGAAUGCUUUUACUGUGGUUUCAAAUUACAAUGCAGUGCAGGGAUCGAGGGGAGAGUGA